GCAGCAGCCGGGGCGGCGGCGGCGGCGGCGACAGCGACAGCGGCGACAGCGGCGGCGGCGGGAGAAUCAUGGCCGAGGAGCUGCCCGAGCCUGCGAUCGGCCUCGGGAACUGAGACCUGGCACCGCGCGCGGAGAGGCCUGAGGCCUCCACCUCUCCCUCUCCAAACACAGAGACACCACAUUAUUCGUGUAUUUAACUCAGAAUGCCUGCUUUGACUCAGAAUUCUCACCUUCAAGCAAAAGCUACCUGGUGACCAGCCCCAUCAUCACCACAGCCAUCGUGCAGCGGCCACAGUUCCUGCUGCCUCUAAGAUGUGCCCUGGUAACUGGCUCUGGGCCUCCAUGACUUUUAUGGCCCGCUUUUCCCGGGGUAGUUCCAGGUCUCCUGUUCGCACUAGAGGGAACCUGGAGGAGAUGCCAACUGUUCAACACCCCUUCCUCAACGUCUUUGAGUUGGAAAGGCUCCUCUACACAGGCAAGACAGCCUGUAACCAUGCCGACGAGGUCUGGCCAGGCCUCUACCUUGGAGACCAGGACAUGGCCAACAACCGCCGGGAACUUCGUCGCCUGGGCAUCACCCACGUCCUCAAUGCCUCACACAGCAGAUGGCGAGGUACACCUGAGGCCUAUGAGGGACUGGGCAUCCGCUACCUGGGUGUCGAGGCCCACGACUCGCCAGCCUUUGACAUGAGCAUCCACUUCCAGACGGCUGCUGACUUCAUCCACCGUGCACUGAGCCAGCCAGGAGGGAAGAUUCUGGUGCACUGUGCUGUGGGAGUGAGCCGAUCUGCCACCCUGGUGCUGGCCUACCUCAUGCUGUACCACCACUUCACCCUUGUGGAGGCCAUCAAGAAAGUCAAGGACCACCGAGGCAUCAUCCCCAACCGGGGCUUCCUGAGGCAGCUCCUGGCCCUGGACCGCAGGCUGCGGCAGGGUCUCGAGGCAUGAGAGGAGGGGGAGGAAGUCAGGUCAGGUCCCUGGGUAGAUCCCUGGCUCCCGGCUGGAGAAAGGAAGCCCAGGUGGCAGGUAACAGAUAACUCAAGUGGCCCAUUCUCUCCUAGUGCCAGGAGAGUGAAUGCUCAGGGGUGGAGCCUUUGAGGGAGGGGAUAGGAAGUCAGGUUUGGAAGUGAGGUUGGUGGCACCCAGGGACUUUUGACCAGGGAAGGAAGCAGGUAGACUGCAGGUGGAAGAUGAUCCUGGGAUCUGAUUCAGGCACUGCUGGAUUCCAGCCCAGGUGCUCCCGGUGAUGCACAGUCCCCUCCCCUCUUUGUGCUCAAGUGUCCCCCUCUCUCACUUACCAGAAUGAAAGGGCCCUCUCUGUCCUGUGUCUGAGCAGGGAGUUAGAGAUGCGCCAAGCACAGAUGUGAUGGGAUAGAAUCGUGACAGACGGUGAAGGGAUGGUGUGAGAAGCUGCGAAACCAGAGGGAGAAACCCACACAGACUUGUUACUCCAAUCACAGGAAGAGUAGGUGUGUGCGGGUUGGCAUGGUGCUUGUGAGAGCUGCUUGUGAUCAAGAGUAUUACAGAGGUGCAUGACUAGCUGGUCAUUCACUUACCGGAUUCAAGUGUCUGAAGGAAAAAUAAAGAUGAUGGAAAAGAA